AUGCCUGGAGGUGCGUUGAGUGGCACACUUGAAGGCAAACGUCAGAAGCCUGAGUAUAAUAAAUUGUUAGCUGACCCUAUGCUCAAGUUCUCAGGGCUUUACCAAGAAGGAUGUGCAGAUCUAAUGGUUACAUGUCAAGUAUUCGCUGAUGGCCGGCCCCUUGCUCUUCCUGUAUCCACUUCAUAUAAAGCUUUCACUUCUCGUUGGAAUUGGAAUGAAUGGAUUACUCUUCCUGUAAUGUUCUGUGAUUUGCCACGCAAUGCUCAACUGGCACUCACCAUUUACGAUUGUGUGGGCCCAUCCCAAAUGCAUCCUGUUGGUGGCACAACUAUAUCAUUGUUUGGGAAACAUGGUGUAUUUAGACAGGGUAUGAUAGACUUGCGAAUCUGGCCGAAUUGUGAAGCAGAUGGUAACUAUCCUACAAGUACCCCUGGGAAAGCACGUGAUCAUGGAAAAGAGCAGAUGCAGAGAUUGGCAAAGUUGACUAAAAGACAUCGCAACAGUACAAUGGCGAAAGUUGAUUGGCUAGAUCGUCUUACAUUCCGAGAGAUUGAGUUAAUAAAUGAAAAGGAAAAAAGAAUAUCUGAUUAUAUGUACCUUAUGGUUGAGUUUCCAUCAGUGGAGUUAGAUAGCGCUUCUUAUUCUGUGGUGUAUUUUGAACAAGAUGGAGAUGAAAUAUAUCCUUUUAGAGCGCAAGCUGAUAUUGUCACUGUGCCUGAUUGUGAAAUUCUACAGGAAAAUUUGGUAGAAAGCAAACAUCAUAAACUUGCCCGAAGUGUUCGUAGUGGAGUCUCAGACAAAGAUGCAAAGCCAAAUGCUAAUGUAAGAGACACUCUGAACACAAUUGUUGGCUAUCCACCAACCAAACAACUCAGUACUGAAGAGCAAGACUUGGUAUGGAAGUACCGAUUCUACCUUAGCAAGGAAAAGAAGGCUUUGACUAAAUUCCUGAAAUGUGUGAAUUGGAAAGUGCCUACUGAAGCAAGUCAGGCUCUUGACAUGCUGCAAUUGUGGACUCCAAUGGAUGUAGAAGAUGCUUUGGAACUUUUGAGUCCCAACUUUACACAUCCAGUAGUUCGUCAGUAUGCAGUGACAAGACUCAAACAAGCACCUGAUGAGGAUCUUAUGCUAUACUUGCUGCAACUUGUUCAAGCUCUUAAGUAUGAAAAUUUUACCAAAAUCAAAGAAGCCUAUUGUAGGCUCUUUCCCGGUCAGAAUCCUCCAGAACAUCCAUCCCGGGAAGUCAGAGAGGGAUCAGAAACGGGUGUCAAGAAAUCCCAGAGUUGUACACCUAGUACGACAGUGACAGCACCAGCUGCUACUGAGGAUACUUCCAAUCCUGCCACAGAUAUACCUCAUUCCAAUUCACUUAGUGAUAGUUUUAUUUCAGAUACCCAUGAUAGCCUUCCACACAUGACCAGAAAGGACAGUGAGUGUGAUUUGGCAACUUUCCUCAUUCAUCGUGCAUGUCAGAAUUCUACUCUAGCCAACUACUUUUACUGGUAUCUUUUGAUAGAAUGUGAAGAUCAAGAACCUGCGGUAAAACAAGAUUCCAAAGUACGAGAUAUGUACCUUACUGUGAUGAAAACUUUUUCACAGACGCUGUUUAAAGGAAGUCCAGAUUGGCAGAAACGACGAACAUUCCUUCAUCGCCAACAGACUUUCAUUGACAAACUGGUAAAGCUUGUCAAAACUGUUGCACGAGAAAGUGGCAAUCGCAAAAAGAAGACUGAACGACUUCAGGCAUUGCUGGCUGAUGCCGAAGUCUUUAAAAUAAAUUUUGCCAAUUUUGAAGCAUUGCCUUUUCCUCUUGAUCCUGACAUCCUUAUUAAAGGAAUUGUACCAGAAAAGGCUAGUCUGUUCAAAUCAGCAUUAAUGCCUUCUCGUUUAACAUUUCUGACUGUUGAUGAAAGUGAAUAUGUGGCUAUCUUUAAACAUGGUGAUGACCUGAGGCAAGACCAGCUCAUUCUCCAAAUGAUAACAUUGAUGGAUAAGUUGCUUCGACGAGAGAAUCUUGACUUGAAGUUAACCCCAUAUCGUGUUCUGGCCACUAGUACACGUCAUGGAUUUGUUCAGUUCAUUGAUUCCAUUCCGGUGGCAGAGGUACUUGGAACAGAAGGAACUAUUCAGAACUUCUUCAGGAAACACAACCCUUCAGAAGUUGGCCCUUAUGGAAUUUCUGCUGAAGUUAUGGAUACUUACGUUAAAAGCUGUGCCGGCUACUGUGUUAUUACAUACCUCUUGGGUGUUGGUGAUCGGCAUUUAGACAACCUAUUAUUGACCACAUCAGGCAAGCUGUUUCAUAUAGACUUUGGUUACAUCUUGGGCCGAGAUCCAAAACCUCUUCCUCCCCCCAUGAAAUUAAGCAAGGAGAUGGUAGAAGCCAUGGGAGGAAUUCAUUCGGAACACUACCAGGAAUUUAGGAAGCAAUGCUAUACUGCUUUCUUGCAUUUGCGCCGACAUGCAAACUUGAUGCUCAAUCUAUUCUCAUUGAUGGUGGAUGCCAGUGUGCCGGACAUUGCCUUGGAACCUGAUAAGGCAGUCAAAAAAGUGCAAGACAAACUCCGUUUGGAUCUUUGUGAUGAAGAAGCUGUUCACUUCUUACAGAAUCUUUUGGAUAUGUCAGUUACAGCUGUGAUGGCUGUUCUUGUGGAGCAGUUACACAAGUUUGCACAGUAUUGGCGACGGUGAGCCCCACUGCAACAAAAUGCCACAAAAGGGGAUUUCUGUUCUAGUCAAUACAGGGUGCAUGCAGGACAAUCACGUGUGUAUUUUAUAAUCAUUUGUCAUAUGCUGCUAUUAAUUAUGCACUUAUUUGCAUCCUGCUGCCCACUUUCAAGAAAUGAAAGCCUAUGAAAGUGCUCCAAUCUUCUAAAGUUUGUGUAGUGUUUUAUUCAUGGAUUUUUAAGAUGAUAUUACAAAUUAAUGUUAAAUGAUUACAACAAGAGAUUGUUUACUACAAUGUAAUUUGUAAAAUAAAGGUUUUUAUACUUUGUAUAUGUACAUAUGUGGUUGUAAAAAAAGUGUCUGGCAGCAUUGACUUAAAGUGUAAUAUUAUGUUGUUUAAAUUACUGUGAUAGGUGGAAAAUCCACAUAAUGCACAGCAUAGGUCAUGUACAAAACCAAAAUCACAUGAAACUAUAGAUUACCUGAAACAUAUGUAGCCUUAACUUUUUUUCUUCUUGUUUGGAUUUUAUUUAUUUUGUAACUUAAGAUAUUCUUGAAAAACUUGUAAGAUAAAAUACUUUCUGUUAGAGUAAGAUUAUUUAAUACUCACUCAGUGAGCAGAGAUGUGGUACAUUUGCUGUGUCUGUUGUCUGUGUCAGAGCAAUGUGAUAUUCUUUGGCAUUUUAGAUUUGGUGCAUAUCGAUUGUGUUUUAAUUAUCAACUUGAACAAAUGCUUUGAAAAUCUUUUCAGAAUUACUUCCAAAUUGAAGAUGAAUGACUCAAAAUUGUGGAAGUUGCUCGAGUUGUGAUGUUGAAAUUUCUAUUUUAUUUACAUUUCAUUUACAUGUUUGUUAUAUGGAAAGAUACAACUGUUGUGAAAUGUUAUGUAAUGUUGUGCGAGUGUGUAAUAAUAUAUGAAACUUGAGUAUUCAUCAAUAGUAACGUGUGCAGUUGUCAGUGCUGAUACAACCAAACUUUUGUAAAAUAUAUACAUAUUUGUGUAAAAUUUUGUAAGAAUGAUUUUCUUUUUUUCCCUUUGUAUAAACAAGAACUAUCAAAUGAUUAAAAGAACAAAAUAUAAUCCAAACUUCUCUUGUAUUGACCUCGACUGUGAAUGAGAAAAAUAGCACCUUAAAGGGUAGUAAUUCUAUUGUUAUUACUAUACCAUUUUACAUCUUCAUAUUCCUCUGAAGCAAUUGUAAAGUUAAAUGUCAAAAGUACCAGUUUUAUUUAGAUUUAAAAGGUACUUAAAAAA